GCUAGGUUUUGAACACUUUGGCAGGUCAUUGGCACUUUGUGAUGUUGACAGUGGUUUACUUUUUGGUUAUUAUUGCUAAAUUUGUAUUGUUCAUGUUUUUGGUAAAUAAGCGCUAAAACAAUGUUCAAUCGUCUGAAAAGUGCUGUUAUUGGUGCAGUGAACGGACUAGAAUCCGCCAAUGGAGCCAUUGAAGGGACACAUUACAACAAAACGACUUUGGCCCCAAAAUUCCCUUAUGGAAGGCCCCAUUUUCUCAGUCUCGGCGACGACGAGGUACAAAUGAGCGCUGAUCACAAACUCAGGCCCAUAAUUCACCCCAGCAAACCACUGCCGCAUGAUACAGGCUAUGCAGAGUGUGUUAAUGCUGGCAAAUCCCGAUGGAAUGAAGAUCAAGCUGUCUAUAGGCAGGGUAUUUUAAGCAAGGCAACACCAAAUGAAGAUGGAUCUGUUCAGAAAUUUGCAAUACCUUACACAUAUUAUGGGAUUUUUGAUGGGCAUGCAGGUGUAGGGGCUGCUCUGUGUGCAGCUUUUCAGUUACACCAUAUAAUACAUGAGAAACUUGUUGAUGCUCAAGACGACAUAUGGGUUAGUUUUUCCAAAAAAAACCUGCCCUGUAAACCUAGAGAUUUGCUAAUUAUUGGAGCACUAGAAUCAGCAUUUAAGGAAAUGGAUCAGCUGCUAUCAGAAGACCGCAACAAAUAUCAGGCGGCUGGAGGAUGCACCGCACUAGUGGCAUUAUUUAUUUUAGGCAAAUUAUAUGUAGCGAAUGCCGGUGAUUCGCGAGCAAUAAUUUGCAAAAACGAUAAAUAUUCUCCUAUGUCUAUGGAUUUCACGCCAGAGAACGAGAGAGAUCGCAUCCGAAGACUUGCUCAAGAACAACCCUCCUUGCUAGGAAACGAAUUCACUGCCAAAGAAUACAUAGGCAGUCCGAAGUCGGGAGAUUUAGGAAAAACAGUAAUGUUCCGGGACGCCUAUAUGAAAGGAUGGGCCUAUAAAACACUCCAGCCUGAAGAUCUGAGAGUUUCCGUAAUAACGGGUCGUGGAAAAAGGAGCAGAGUAAUGGGAACAAUUGGUGUGACUCGUGGGUUUGGUGACCACGACUUAACGGCAGUCUAUCAAAAAUUACCAAUCAAACCAUUCCUUUCAUCGCACCCAGAAGUUCAAGUGCAUUUGCUAUCAGCAGCUGAUGAUAAAGAAGUUUUGGUCAUGGGCACAGAUGGUCUUUGGGACGUCGUAGACGGCCAUAAAGCAGCUGACAUAGUGGCAAAGUCUAUAAACGCUUUUGAGGACAAAAAAUUCGUGAGUGCUGCUACUUGUUUAGUUGGUUACGCCAGAGGCUCCCUCAACAAUUCCUGGAUGCUCAAAGAGGGAAAACCUGCGUCAUGUGAUGAUAUAUCAGUAUUUGUUAUUCCUUUGUUACCUUACCAAGUUGAGUAUGAAGAACUGCUUAAGAAGUGCUUUUUAAAUGAAACUAGUGAAACUUCAAGUGAUGAAAAUAUUGAAACUGCAAAGUGAGUAUUAGUUUAUUGCGAUUAACGCUAGUUUGUUUGAGUUUGUAUAGAGAGGCUACAAAUUUGGAUCUCUGUUUUCUCACAAUUUGUAAAUUUGUAUUAGCAAUUUGAACAAAUAUUUAUCAAGAAUUUUUAUUUUCGUCUAGAAAUCUAGGACAUUAGAUUUAUUUCGUUGAAUAGUGCAAUAAUAUAUUGUAAAAAUUUGGCGCACUUAUUUUCAAUUCCAAAAUUUCCGGUUGCAUUUAUUUUUUGUGACAUUAUUUGACAGAAUCGCCCUUUUAAUUUGUGUUCAAGUAAUGUUUACUAUAUUUGUAUUGUGAUAUAGUUGUUUCUAAUAUACUUUACUGAAAAUA